CAAGAGAAGUGAUAAAAAUAAUCCAUAAACGUCAAAGUGUCCAUAAAUAAAGUUAAUGUGCCAAUGGAUUAUCACGAAGACACUCUCGAACUGUUCCUAGGUUUCGUCGGAGCACUUGUGACCGUAGAAAUUUUGCAGUCGUUUAUAAGGUACUACUGGUCGUCAUUCUCCAAACGUGCCACAAUGGUACUCGUGGGCUUGACACUGGGUAUCAUUGUUAAGAUACAGCCUACUCUUUGGGACGUUAUACUGCAAGGACUGAGCUAUGAAAUGGCAACGGUGGAAUUACUAAUGGUACCUUUCUUUCUGUUCAAGUGCGCGUUUAGCAUAGACGCUCACAUGUUUUUGCGGUCCUGGGCGCAAAUCGCUAUAGUUGCGGUGCCGGGAAUGAUUAUCUGCGGAUGCGCAACCGGUCUCACAAUGAAGCUGUUGCUCAUGCGGGAGCAUUGGAGUGUGUGUACGUCAAUCGCUCUUGGAGUACUUAUUUCUUCGACUCAGCCCUCAGAAGUGGUGCAUGCGCUUAAAGACGUAGGGCGAGCUAAGCAGUUGAGCACAUUGCUGGAAGGGGAAUCGGUUAUUGGCACAGGUACGAUGUUGAUAGUUCUUACUCUACUACUCCAAAUAGUUCAUCAUGACAUCGUGAACGCUUCCGAAUUUAUUGUAAUGUGUUUGCGCCGUUCUCUGGGGGGGAUGCUUUUAGGGGUAAUUGUCGCGAAACUGCUGAUUUUUGUGAUGCGUGCUAUUUACAGCGACAGCGCCAGCAUGAUGACCUUAACGUUAGCAGUGCCUUGUCUUGCUUAUCAAAUUGCGGAUUAUUAUCUGUCCGUGUCUGGGGUAAUCGCCGUAUGCGUACUAGGGGUUAUGAUCGCUGGAGAAAGACAUAGACUCUCAAGCGAAAUAGACCAUUCUCUACUGGCCUUCUGGAGUUUCGUUGGAAAUGUUGUGAACUGUUUGAGUUGCGUUUUGUCUGGACUUUUUACUGUGCAACUUAUAACGAAUGAAACUGCCAUGUACGACUGCUCACUGAUUGUGGUCACAUACGUGGUUUCGCUAUGCGGCAGAAUUUUGACUUACGCCGUGCUAACACCCAUCAUCAGUAGAACUGGUUACGGUUUCACAUUCAAAGGGAUGAUCAUCGCAAUUUGGAGCGUAAUGAAAGGGCCAAUUCCCUUUAUAGUGGUUUUAUAUAUGUAUACUGAACUAAAACUUGAAACACAAGUCAGGAGGGACAUGCUAUUACUUGUUUCCGCUUUACAAGUACUGACCGUGCUAAUAAACGGCCUGAGUGCGCCCUUUCUUUUGAAUGUGUUCGGAAUUUCCGAAAUGUCUCAACUGAGGAAGAUGAACAUGAGUUCUUGCAUGCGCCACGUCCAAAAACGAAGGAUUCACACUAUCGCCGCAACAAAACUGAACAGAUUUUUAGCCGAUGUGAACUGGAGGGUGGUUUACCAAGUGACCCAAAUUAAACACCCCUACGAACAGGUAGUGCGACCGGAUGAAGACUAUGGCGAUGAGGAGACCUACUCAGGAUCGCGCCCGAUUAUCUGUCCUGACUGCAAACACGAGGUACAGUAUGAGCCUACCAAGCGAGACCAGAAGGAGAUGUUAAGGGAGGCAAGGGUCAGAAUACUAAGGUCUAAGAAGAUGUCUUACAUCCGUCAGUAUCAAAACGGAAUGCUCAGCGCGGAUAGCAUUAAGAUCUUGUGCCAAGCCAUUGAAGUUGCCAUAAACACGCCGGAUGCGGUGAUUGAGUUGGCCGGCUUACACAAGUACUUCAAACGACAGAGUUUCUUCAAUUAUGUUUGUAACAAAUUUGUUGUACCUUGGCUGCGAGGAAACGUUUUAAAGGUACAACCUCCUCGCAAACGUUGGAGGCGGGCGUGCUACUGGCUGAUUAACCAUCAGAUUUUCGACUUUUUCCUUUACUUUAUCAUUGUAUGCAGUGCAGUUACGGUGAUGGUGGAACUGUUUUACAAUCCACCUUGGCUUUCUAAGCCAAGAUACGGUCUAAUUGCAUGCAAUACAAUAUUAUUUAGUAUAUUUUUGGCAGAAUUUAUUCUAAAUAUAUAUGCCUACUCCUUCAUAUACGUCUGUAAGGAUGGUUUCAGGACAUAUUUCCGUACAAUUUCGAAGGUUUUCGAAUUCACAAUACUUUGCACCCAGUUUACUGACCUAAUUCUAGACUACGUUUUGUUGUUUCUAAUAGACCACCACAAUUAUCUCACUCAUGUCAGUCUGGGAUUAAAGGUUUUUCGGUUAGUCCGACUUGGCCGGUUGUUUGGAGUAUGUAGGCUUUGGUACCCCAACAUGAUACGGUACUUCAGUUCCAAGGUGGAUGCGCGGUUAGCAUUUGCCUAUGACAUUGGAAAGGGUUACGUAACUGGCGAAGAGGAGGUGGCAGCGUUGCUUUCGCAAAUGAUCGAUCAUAAAGAUAUCAGAGAAAAAUGCCAAGCGCGACUCGAUGCUGACCGGCUUGCCGUUACCAAAGAGUUGGGAAUCAUCCAAAAGGACAGACCUUGGAUCGCCGUCACCGUUAAAACCAAACAAGCGGUGAGAUCCACGCUCAACAGUAUGAACGCUACAGUCAACGACCUAAAGGCUCUAGGGUGCUUGGACGAUUACGAGUAUUUCAAACUAAAUCAAGCCGUUCAAGAACGCGUGAAAUACGUUAACACUAAGAUGGCGUCGGUCGAACCCCUCUCUCCUAAAGAACUACUAAGCGAAGUCCCUUGGAUGAGUGACAAACUAAUCUACCACUAUCUAUAUAACAACGUCAUUACAAAAAUCUUUGAUCCCGGUGAUGUUGUGUGCGUAGAUGGUGAGGUCAUGGAAGGCAUCUACAUAGUCGUCACGGGAGUAUUGAAAAUGACUUACGUGCCGAACGCGCACACUUUAGAACGCCUUCAAUCGUUUGGGAUCUUGCCCAUUAUGGAUUAUAUGUCCAACACAAAAUUUGACCAAAGAAUUGAAGAAUAUCUCGUUACCGGUAACAGCAUCGGCGAACUUUGUAUAUUAACAGGUCGAUCGUACGACUGUACAAUAGUAGCCGAAACGGCUUCUCAAGUGUACCACAUUCGUAGAGAUAUCUUGCUGAAAGCGUUAACUCUGACCAGGGAUCCUAUCAAAGGACUGGAGGCGGAAAUGUGGAAAUUUGUUUCUCUUAAACUAUGCGCGUCUGUUCUAAUGGAAACUCCAGCUUACCAGUCGAUCAGUUAUGAACAAAUUCAAAUUCAACUACAACGCGGAUUCGUACCAAAUUUGUCUAAAUACACACAUUUAGACAUUAACGAUAUGAUGGAGGAUCUGAUUCUGAUCGAAGGCAUGGUUCUUUAUCCGAACAGUGGCACGUACAGCGUGGCACCUUGCAGCAUCCCCAGAACAGUACAAAAAAUAUACUUCCCCAAGAGUGAAUUUCACGAUUCCGAAACGACCGUGGAUCCCAAGCUCAUGAUAAUUCCCGCAAAGGAUUUAUCCAAGUUUCAAUUUCAGACAAACAGAGACGACUUUCCCGAAAUUGUCUCCCAAUCUUCCUCUCUAUGUUUGCGCCACCACGUGAUGGAUAAGAUUAAACGCGUUAAGACAAGAAGGCAAACCGAUGGUUUUAGUACGGGCGACAGGAUUAGCGUGAGGGGUACUUCGUGGAUUAGCGUCGCUGGUUCAACAAGACACGGUUCCGACACUUCGAGCGAAUGCAUGCUACGUAAUAUAAACCUAGAUAGUGGUUUUAGUUUAAACACUUACGGAAGCAAUCUGAGUGUUAUACCGAAUCGCCCACAAGAUGACACACAUUGGCACGGAAAGGGUUCUGGGCCAUCCAAAUAUUGAGUUGUUUUAGUUCAAUAAUUUAAGUAUUCUGGUUUUCUCAUUACCGCUUUUUAUUGUCCAC